AUGCGUGUUCAUGCAGACUGGUCCAUUUUUACGCAUAUAUAUUCCCAAAAACGCAGUUCUGCGAGUGCGAUCGUGAAAGAAGCCGAGGCAUUCAAAAAUUUCAUUUUCCAGAAAAUGCCUCCAGCCGUGGAGCCUGUGGAUGAGAUGAAUGCUUUGACAAUCAGUGGGAAGAAAAAGAAACGGAUUGCUGGCCGCUGCGACAUGGAACUUGGUGAUGUGACGGUACACAACGUAAAACAACUGCGCACCUUGAAUUCCUGCAUCCUCCCAGUCCCAUAUAAUGCGAAAUUCUAUGCCAACGUCGUCGCGGAUGGUGAAAUGUCAAAGUUGGCGUAUGUGAACGACAUUGUGGUUGGAGCUGUGUGCUGUCGCAUUGAUGAAUAUGAAGGAAAACGAUCGCUAUACAUCAUGACCCUAGGUACAUUGGCUCCGUAUCGACAACUUGGUGUUGGGAACAUGCUACUCGACUAUGUAUUUUCAUUAACUGCUAAGGAUCCCGGUAUAGAAAACGUAUUUCUGCAUGUUCAAACCAGCAAUGAAACCGCACUCAACUUCUACAAGAAUCGAGGAUUUGAACAGGCUGGAGUUGUAGAGAACUACUAUAAGCACGUGGAACCGAAGGACGCCUACAUUCUAGUCAAGAAGGUCAAGUCCUGA